CCGCAUUUUCUUCUCCCCCCCUCCCCUGCACAUCUUUUCGCAAAAUUUCUUGCCAAAUGGUUGGCCUCACCUCCACCUCGCUCCAACCUCGUUGUGCCUCAAACGUCAUCGAUGCACGCAGCACCUUGCUCCACCGCCAAUCAUCUGCGCAGAUGGCGAGGGCGGCGAAGUCCCGACGACGACGACUCUAUCCCCUCUGGCGCCGCUCGAAAUCCCCUUCUUGGAGACGAAGAUCCAUUUUUGGCGGAUCCGACCUUCUUUAGCGUCUUCUUCCUCGCUCUUCUUCUCCUUAUUUCUUCUCGUUCAUCCACGGUGGAAGGCGGUGGUAAUGGCUAGAAUCUAGCUGGCGACUAGGGUUUGAAUGCAGCGAGGGCAGGGG